AUGCAUUCGAGGUUGCCGCCGCCAAAAGGUUCCCCUUCUUUCUGGGUUGCUCGAUCUCGAUGGCAACUUUUGGAGUACAUACUGGGCACUAAGGAAUCCGCCCGUCCCAACAUCGAUGCACCAUCACCGUCAAAUACGCCCAGCAUGGCGUCAAGCUUGCGAACCACCGAGUUGCCAUUCAGACGCAUGACGGUACCUCACCUCAACGCCCCAACUUUGACAGGUAUUUCUGUUCAUUUUUUCUUCUUCGCAAUCCGACUCUUGAGACAUCCAUCGGCAUUUCAGAGCCUCCAUGUAUCUGAACAUGAAGCUCCGCGCGCUUUAUCUGUGCGUAUCCCCGCUCCAGCAAAGUCAAAUCACCUUUUGUCUGACCUUUCCCAAUCAGAUUGCCCAAUUACAAUACCAUACAUACCGGCAACGAAUACUCCCAUGCGGCCCCGAUCUCACAGCCAAGCUGGCCCAAAGACGGCUAUUGAAAAAAGUCAGACAAGAAGCGAAGAAAUAGUACCUCUAGCGAGGCCGGAAAAGAACAAGACAAGCACAAGUUGGAGUUGGGCUGUUGGGUCCCCACUGCCCGGCAUUGGUUCCAGAGCAACAUUCAUUCCUAUAGUCUCCUCCAAAGUCCCUUGA